AUGCUCAAAUCAACAUACGUGCCGUCGGCGGCAGCGGCAGCAAGCAGCGCGCCAUUGCCGCCGGGCUGGACAGAGCACACGGCGCCGACGGGACAUAGCUAUUACUACAAUGCCGAGACGAAAGAGUCGACAUACAAGCGUCCAGGUGCCCCUCCUGUUCCCGAUCCGGUACCGCAACAUCAGCAGCCAUAUGCGCCAUACGCGGGAAUGCCGUCGCUUGCCGACCCCAGAGUUGCCAAUGCGUUUCUCGCCCAGCACAACCGAUCAACACAGCAGCAGCAGCAGCGCCAAGACCCUGCCAAAGGUGCAGCACGACCGCGCCCACAGCCAAUAGACAAGCCCCGGAGAAAGGUUCCCAUUCCGGGCCACGAGCCGUGGAUCGUCGUGUACACCAAGUACUCGCGGCGCUUCGUCUACAACUCUGCAAAGAAGGAGAGCUUCUGGCGCAUUCCUGAGAAGCUAAUGCCUGCCAUUCUUGAAAUGGACAAGAAGCGCAUACAGGAAAAGGCCGCGGGCGACGAGGAUGCGGCUGAGGAGAAGGACGGUGAUGCUGGUCAUGGCUCCGAGUACGAGGAAGUGGAAGUGACAGAUGACGAGGGCCAAGGAGAUGACAGCGUCGCAACACAUCCCAACAAACGACUACGAACUGACGACGAAGCCGACGUUGACGAGCACCAAGAAGUAGAAGAUGAGGCAGAGAAGGAAGCUGGCCCACUCGAAUUCACAGAGGACGACAUUGCGAUGCAGCUACAAAUGAUGGGUGAGGACUAUGGGCUUGAACCGGGCGAAUACGACGAUGGGAACACGCAAGACUGGCCCGAAGGCGCCGAGGGUCUCGAAUUUUCGCAAGAGGACGCCGAGCUUCUCUUCACCGACCUGCUCGACGAUUUGCGCAUCAACCCGUACAGCCCCUGGGAGAAGCUGCUUGAGGACGGCCACAUCACCGAAGACCCGCGCUACACGGCGCUACGCACGACCAAGGCGCGCAAGGCGUGCCACGACACGUGGUCGCGCUCGCGCAUCGCCCAGCGGCAGGCGCAGCGCGCUCGCCAGAUCAAGCAGGAUCCGCGCGUGGCGUACCUCGCCCUGCUGCAAGACAAGGCCACGCCCAAGCUGUACUGGCCCGAGUUCAAACGCAAGUACAAAAAACAUGACGCGAUGCGCGACGCGGCCCUGCCGGACAAGGACAGGGAGAAGCUGUAUCGCGAGCACGUGCAUCGCCUCGCCAUGUCGGCGGCAGCGCGCACGGCGGACCUGACCGCGCUGCUCAAGGCGCAGCCCGUCGCGCGACUCAACAACACCUCGACGCACGACCUGCCAAGCGCCGUCCUCGCCGACCUGCGGUACAUUUCGCUGCCGCCCAGCGUGCGGGAUCCUCUGGUUGAGGCCUUUGUGCAGAGUCUGCCGCCGCCGCCCUCGGAAGACGGCGAAGCGGGCGGACAGGAGCAGGAGGCAAACGAAGAGCGCAAGCAGGCGCGGGAGAAGCGCGAAAGGGCGCUACUGGAGCAUAACCGUGCCGUGGAUGAGCAGCGCCAGCGGCGCGCGCGCGACGUCGCGGCGAGUAAGGCCAGACUGCGUGACGGCGAGGAGCGCUUGGAUCGGGCCAUGAAGGUGGACAAGAGGGGCCUUCAGGGCCAGCUGGCGGCCAUGAAGGUGGACGGGACGCGGCCGCCAGAGGAGGAGAGCUAG